CAAUUUCUUUGAGAGAUCACCGUUCUUUUCCCCUCAACUUCAGCUUCAGGGGGAGCCUUUAUGUAGGGGGAGUCAAGAAGCUUCAGUGAGUGUAGGUGAUUUAGAUUUUUUGAAUCUUAACUUAGAUAAUGAUAUUUCAAAUGAAAUCACCCCUCAUGAAUCUGCCAUAACUAAAAGUCCUGAUGAUUUACAACAUACUUCAAUAUAUGACAAGAGAUUUGGACAAACAUGCUCUAGAAAACGUCCACCGAAGGGUGUACAGCCAAACAUUCCCAUGCACAACCAAGACGAAUCCCCACAGACAGAUUGGGCAGGCUCGACCACAGACAGGAGAUCAAGAAGUGGAUAUUGCACAUUUGUAUGGGGAAAUUUAGUGACUUGGCGCAGCAAGAAGCAAACUGUGGUGGCUCGCAGUAGUGCUGAAGCAGAAUUUCGUGCUAUGGCUAACGGGAUUUGUGAAGGAAUUUGGCUCAAUCAAGUACUAAAGGAACUCCAUCUACCUCUAGAAUGUCCUAUAAAAUUGUAUUGCGACAACAAGGCUGCCAUCAGCAUUGCAAACAAUCCUGUACAACAUGAUAGGACUAAACACGUGGAAGUUGAUAGACACUUCAUCAAAGAGAAGAUAGAAAAUAGUAGUUUAUGCAUACCAUAUGUUCCAACUUCACAACAAGUGGCAGACAUCCUCACCAAAGGACUAUUCAAACCUAGCUUUGAUGGGAUUGUGAGCAAGUUGGGUUUAGUUGACAUAUAUACUCCCAACUUGAGGGGGAGUGUAGAUUUAGAUAGAUAUUCUGUCAAAUAAUGUGUAAUUAUCUUUGAUUUUGUUUCCUUAUUCUCAGGGAUCUAGUUUCCUUAUUCUUUCAGAUCUAGAUUCCAUAUUCUGUGAGAUUUAGUUUCCUGAGAAUAGAGUUUCCUUCUGAAGAGGAUUCUCCCUGUAUAUAUAUAGGGUCUUUGUACAUCUAUUAUAAUUCAGUAGAGUGAAGAUUCAU